CCACCUUGUUCUCCUUCAUUCGGGAGACAAGUUAAACUGCUAGAGAAACCUCAUGGACAAUCUCCACAAUAGUCUUCUACCAGCACCUUCCAUUGGUGGGGCCUGACCCAGAGGUCAGCGAUUCCUCAGCAUUGUGGUACCUGAGAAACCGAGUGAGCGCGGGAAGGCAGGACAGACCGAAGAGCAGAUGGGCAGUGGACCAGCGCAGUGUCUCAGAUGGUAACAAAAAAUAAUCCAGAUGGGGUGCAAGUGCUGUAAAAUGAUACAAAGCUAUCUCUUCGAUCCAGUUCAAGUGUCCUCCCCUGGCUAUGUCAACGAAGUAAACAGCUACAAGUUAGAUGAAGAUGGCACUGUUAAGUUAAAAGGCAAACAGAGCAGCGAAGUCCUGGUGCAUAAAAAUGACCUUCAGAGUGAGAGCUUGCAGAGGACUGUGAGCAGAAGCAGAACAGCGGGUCCGGGUCCGCAGGAACCCUGCUUGUCUCACCAAGGACCGCUCCCUCAAGGGGACUCGGGACACUGUGUGGAGAAGACUAGCAGCACCGUCAAUGGCGUUGGCCCCACUGCCGCUCUGCAGCCCACGGGGGAUCCUGGGCCCUACCCGGGUGGCCGAGGUUCCUGGGCCAGUACCUCGAACAGCAUGCACCCGACCCAACCCGUCCUCGAUGGAGGGGGCGCCAGGGGACAGGACUGUGAGCUGCAGGCCUCGGGAGAGACCCGAGUCGUCCGAAAUGGAGACCCCAGAGUCCCUUCCGAGGUAGAAUACCCUGCCGUGGAAGUACCAGAGCACGUCCUGCAGAUACCAGCCCCGGACUACUUGCAACACUGGGGCGCAGCUGCAGACCACGUGGACCGUGAAGAAAAGGAUUGCCUUGUCAAGAGCCAUGCCGAGGGGGCGCCGCUGGAGGGAGUGCGCCCCGGGGUGGGGGAGCAGGGCUGGAAUGCGCCCUUCUCCACGCAGCGAAGCUGGGAUUCGUUAAACGAGGCCGUGGCGACAGAAGUCCUUAGUGUCUACUUUAAAGAAGAGGAUCCUGCCCAGACCGUGACUGCGACCGAUUCGAGAAACGGGUGGGAGGACGCCCGCGGCUCCGCUGGAGGCGGGAGCGCGGACACCGCGGACGAGGACGAGGACGCGGCGGUGGCGGAAGCCCUCGCGGCUUUAGAAGCGGCGACUGCGGGAGAAGAUGUGGACGAGGCGGAUUAGGGGAGCGGCUCUGCUCAGGCGAAGGGGCUAAUGUCACGCGGGCCGCUUCUGGAUGCGUUUGCCCGCAGACGCUGAGCCCAUCCUCGGCAGCGCGCACCGGGGCGGCCUUACCAGUUGUUUACAGCCAGCGUCUGUGCUGAUGGUUGUGAGAGCCAGUGUCGUGCCGCUUGCUAAAUACUGAGAGCAUCCCCGUGGAGAUGGGCUAUCACUCAGGACAGGAGAACAAAACUCAGACUAGGCCGCGGUGCCGGUGUCUAGGAUUAACCAACCCACAGAUGUUCUUGAGAAUGCUCUGACAUCCCAGCACUUAAUCCCGGAGCACCGACUCGCAGGACAUUCUCUUUGUCAAUUCUUUAUCUUGCCUUUGAGAGCCAAACGUUGGACCCAACCUGGAAGAGGUAACUACCCCCACUUAAAGUGCCUAUUGUGUCCACACCAGAGCAUUGCUUGCCUUCAGGGACAAUCACCCAGGGAACUAAUAACUAACCACUUGUUUGACAGCAAGUUCAGCAGCUUUCAGGGUGGAGCAGAAGCUGCUAGUAAACAAAUGGUUAGUCAUUAGCUGUGAUAUUAAGACACCUUGACCUUAACUUUUUUACAUUAUUACUUUUUAAAUCUCCUUUGGGAUUGGGGAAGCCAGCCAAAAUAAUUCCUAAAACUGCUUGUUUCAUGUUCGGGUUUGAAGUUCAUGACAUUUGGAACAGCAAAGAGAUAUAUGGAGUGUUUUAUGCCAUUUAAUUUCUGAUUCUGAUUAAAAUAUUACAACACAUGCA